CGCACCUUCUUCCUUUUCGCAACACUCGCCAUGUCCUUUCUCACCGGCGCCAUCCGCCAGGCCGCGGCCGGGACGAGCCAGCGCGCCAUGAUGCUCGGCCGCACCACUGCCCCGCUGGCCCUCCGCCAGACCGCGGCCCGGUGCUACGCGACGCACCAAGCCGAGGAGACCUUUGACGCCUUCAACGAGCGCUACGUCUCCUUCUUUGACGGCGUCGAGGACCUAUUUGAGCUGCAGCGCGGCCUCAACAACUGCUUCUCCUACGACCUCGUCCCCAGCACCUCGGUCAUCGAGUCGGCCCUCCGGGCCAGCCGCCGGGUCAACGACUACUCGACGGCCGUCCGCGUCUUUGAGGGCAUCCGGGAAAAGGUCGAGAACAAGAGCCAGUACGAAAAGUACGUCGAGGCCCUCAAGCCCGUCAGGGAGGAGCUGGGCAUCUUGCUCAAGGAGGAGCUCUACACCCAAUAGACGGCUCGGCCAGCUUUGCCCUUUCCCUACCUCCCUGUAGACAGCCACUCGCGCGAGAGAGAGGAGAGAGAGA